UGGAACAGGACGCGCUGAGGCAGAUGAGUUUAGUAGAAGUCAAACCAGAGCAGAUGCGCUCCCUUCUGUUCCUCUUCACGGCGACCGGACGACUUAGCAUGUGAUGUGGAUCCUGGACAUGAACUCUCAGAUCUGCCGGGAAUAAGAAAAACUACAGACAGCGCUCAGACAACAGUUUGCAGAGUUUCUCUCUCUGCGGUGGAACUCGUCUCAGGAGAAGUUUUGGAGAGAGAUGUCGGAGCCGGAGAAGACUGAGAACAUUCCUGAGGAGUCAGCAGGAAAAGGACAAGCAGUCCCGAACGGAGCCAAACCUGGACCGAAGACCAAAGAGGAUCUGGACCUGGCUGUGAUCUAUGUGUCAGAUGCUCAGUACAACAGGAACAUCUACUUUGACACGUCUCCUGAGGCCGUCAGACUCUAUCUGCUCUACAACCACUGGCUGGCUAAAGUCCUCCUUUACUUCUUCAUCCUGCUGGAUCUGUCUCUGGCCGUCUUCGAGGAGCCGGCUUUCCUCUCUCUGCCCACAUGGGCCACCAUGCUGAUGGAGCUGCUCUGUCUGCUCGUCUUCACCCUUCGACUCGUUCACUAUGCCAAAGUCAUUCCUCGAGACAAGUUCUGGAAGGACCCCAAAAACAUCUGCAUCAUCGUCACCGUGGUGCUCACUCUGGUGGACAUGAUCAUCUAUGGAGCUCUGAAGGCUGCAGAUUGUUACAGUGUCCGCUGGUCCAGAGUCCUCCGUCCUCUACUUCUGAUAAACGUCACAGAGGGACGCCAGCUCCGCCGAGCGUUCAGGAGCAUCCGGAAUGCUCUUCCUCAGAUCUUCUAUGUCUUCCUGCUCUUCAUGUUCAGCAUCCUCAUCUUCUCCCUCAUGGCCCUCAAGCUACUGGGAAAACGAGGUCUGAAAACCAUCAGUGGAUGUUCCUACUUCACCCAAUACCUGGACAUUGUCUUCGAUCUGUAUGUCCUCGUCACCACCGCCAACAGCCCUGACAUCAUGAUGCCAGCGUACAACGCCAGCUCCCUCUUUGCCAUCUUCUUCAUCUUGUACAUCCUAAUCAACACCUACAUCUUCAUGUCCGUCUUCUUGGCUGUUGUUUACAACAACUACAAAAAAUACCUGAAGGAGGAGAUACGGCAGCUGGUGAGGGCCAAAAGGCACAAGAUGGUGCGAGCGUUUGCUGUUUUGCAAGAGAAGAAAGAUGAGGGCGGUGAGAUGGUGGUGACCCAGGCCACGUGGAACCAGCUGGUCCGACUGGUCCAACCCGACAUCAGCAACGCUCACAGGGAGCUGCUGUGGAGCGUCUGUGAUGACAAGAACCAGGGCUCCAUCGGUAGGGCUGCGUUCGUCCAGCUGGCCGACCUCCUGAACAUCGAGGUCAUUACGCUCAAGUCCAGACCACACCCCCUUCAAGGUCUCUGCCCCAGCUGGUACCAGUCUGCUCCCAGCCGCCUCGUCUGCCGCCUGGUGCAGCACCGGGCCUUCGUGAUCCUCUACGACCUGAUCAUCCUGGUCAACGCUGUGUUCAUCGGCCUGGACGAGGAGAACGCUAUGAUCGCGUACUCAGAGUGGGUGUUCCUCUCUCUCUAUCUGCUGGAGAUCCUGCUGAAGCUCUACGUGUUCGAGCCCAGGACCUUCUUCUCCAGACACAGUUUCUGGAACUGGUUUGACACCAUCAUCGUCGUCUCUGCUCUCGUUGCCACAAUAAUCAACUCGGCCAUGGAGUCAUCGGGAGGGUAUACCAGCCGCCAGAUACUGGACAUCGUCUUCAUCCUCCGAGUCCUCAGACUGGUCCGGGUGGUGGACAGCUUCAAAAGGUUUCGUACGAUCAUCAACACCCUGAUCAGGAUUGGACCAGCCAUUCUCACCUUUGGCCAGCUCAUCAUUGUGGUGUACUAUAUCUUUGCCAUGGUGGGGAUGGAGCUCUUCAAGAACAAAAUAAAGUUUUUCGAGGAGGGUUCCAGUGACCCCUCCAAGGCCUACUGUGGGAACCCUCAGCUGAAAGGAACCGAUUUCGCUCAACUCAACUACUGCAAGAACAACUUCAACAACGUGGUGUCAUCCUUCAUCCUCCUGGUGGAGCUGACGGUGGUCAACCAGUGGCACGUGCUCACUGCUGGCUUUGUCCGCGUCACCCACGUCUCAGCCAGGAUCUUUUUUGUCCUGUUCCACAUCACAGUCGUCAUCAUCAUCAUCAAUAUUUUUGUGGCCUUCAUCCUGGAGGCGUUCUUUGUGGAGUACUCUGUGGAAAAAACUGACCUGCAGACGUCACUGGAGAAGAAGAUCGAGGAGCUGGAGCUGGUAGUUAACAGAGAGAAGCUGGAGGACAACCUGGUGAACGCCAUGGAAACCAUAGACAAUGACCUGGGAGCAGGACAGUCUGGACCUGCACCAAACCUCCCGUCUGUGAUGUUUAAAAUCGCUUCGAAACGGUAUCGGACCGUGGACGCGUUGUUGCAGCGGAUGUUCGAGGCCGAUCUGGACCCCGAGGAUUUCGCUGAGAAUGACGAUCCUGAAGCUCAGAGCGGCGGCAACUUUGCCAACCCCUCGUUUAGCUCUGCAUAGAGAUAUAUGUCCACACAGUCAGGAUACAUACAGAUAUCUAUGUGUAUAUAUAUAUAUAUGUAUACAGAUCUAUAAAGGGAAGCAGGCUCUAUCAUUUAUAUGUAGUUUUACACUCAUGUUUAUCAGUGGAACACUUGGAUCCAGUGUUAUUAUAUUUUUAUAUUUUUGUUCUGAGGUUUUGUGAAACACACAAAAAACUGAAUCUGUAUUUUCACAUAAAGAAUCUUUUGACUGAUGUUUGUUCAGUUUUUAUCAUAAUGAAAAAUAUUCAAAAAUAUUUUAGUCAGAAAGUAACAAAACGUGGAAUUUACACUUUAAAUGUUUCAGUUGAUCUGGUUCCUGACGGGAGGAGGAGGAGGAGGCUGAAAUGUGACUAUUUUAUUGCUUUUAAAUCCUCAGGUAGUUAAAGGGUGGAGCUCCAGAUCGUCUCGUAUAGUCGACGUUUCAGUUUUUUUUUUUUUUUUAGUGUUUUACUAUUUGAAUGUUUUAGUAUUUUAAUAAAUGUGAGGAUGGA